AAAUGACCACCAACCCAUCUGUCCACGAGUUCGAGACUCGUGAUCUUAAAAUUGCCGAGGUGAAAGUAUUCACUGAUAGAGCUGAAAUCCGUCGUCUUGUCAAAGUUUCAUUGAAAUCUGGUGUCAAUGAAGUUGUUCUCAAGAACCUCUGCAAAACAAUGGCUCAAGGAUCAAUUAGAGUUGAAGGAAGAGGAAAUGCAAUCAUUCAUGAUGUAGUUAUUAAGAAUGUUUCUCGUUUGCCAACUGAAGCUGAUCCUCCAAAGAUCACCAAUCUCAAAGCUGCCAUUCUAGAGGAGAAAAAUCGCCUCCAAAAAAUCACAGAUCGCGGAACGGUUGUCCAAAAAUGCGUUGACAAUUUGGACAAAGUUUUCGAACAAGUUGGUGGGGGUCUCGUGAAUCCACCAAAAGAUGGUGUUGCUUCUUUAAAUGAAGGAACUUUGGAAAGUCUUACAAAUUUCUUCCAAUUCUAUGGGAGCAACUCCGAAUUAUACAGAGAAAAACUACGAUCAGUUGAAGCUGGACACCGUGAGCAACAGGAAAAAGUUUCGAAACUGGAAAACGAGUUACGAGCUCUAAUGCACAAUUUGAAUGAAGAAGCGUUCUCUCACACUGCCACAAUUACUUUGGAAUGCACAGAAGACCUGGAAGCUGAGCUGAAUGUAGUCUAUCAAGUGUUAGAUGCUUCGUGGCAUCCAUCAUACGAUAUCCGAGUUGACACAGAGAAACCAUCCAUGAGCAUUACAUACUUUGGAAAAAUCCGUCAAUUCACAAAGGAAGAUUGGACUUCUGCACCACUUGUUUUGUCAACUGCUCAGCCAUGUCUUGCUGGCAGAAUUCCAGAUCUUGGAACUCUCGAAGCAACCUUCCGUCGUCCUGAAGUUCAACAUUAUCAAACAAGAUCGAUGAAUGCAUCAGCCUCAUUAUUUGGGGCGCGGGGACCGCAGAACCGUCGAGCCGAAACACUCGGAUUUUCAGAUGAAGUGACUUUGGCUCCACCAAUGGCUGUCGCUGUUGCUUCAGAAAUCACCCAAAACACGUUGAGCACAGAAUUUAAAAUUCUCAGAGAAGCAACAAUUCCACACGGUACUGAUGAACACAAAGUUACUAUUGGAGUUGUGACUCUUACACCAAAACUUGUUCAUGAAUCCGUUCCAAGUAAGAAUGCUGCAGCUUUUCUCACGGCUUCUGCUGUUAAUACUUCUCAACUUGCACUCCUGGCUGGAUUUUCAUCUGUCUAUCUGAAUAAUGCAUUUGUCGCAACAAGUCACCUGAAAAACGUGUCACCAGGUGAAAGACUCACUUGCUCUUUGGGAGUUGACACGGCAAUUCGUGUGGAGUACAAGCCGGCAAAGAAGUACCAUGAGGAAGGAGGUUACAUCACCAAGCACUCUGCAAAUGUCACGGAGCAAACAAUCUCCAUCAAAAAUACGAGAAAUGAGCAGCCGGUGCUCCUAACCGUGAAGCAUGCGAUUCCACGUAGCACUGACGAGAAGAUCCGUGUGAAGCUAGUUUCACCAGCAGCUACGCCAUAUGAUGCGGAGAAGGCUGGCACUGAAGCCGAGAAUUCUGAGCCUGUGGAAGGGGCAAAGUUCAAUUCCAGCAAUCACUUGGAGUGGACUAUAAAGCUGGCUCCGAGCAGCUCAAAGGAUCUGAUCAUCAAAUAUGUGGUGGAGCAUCCAAAAGAUGAAACUGUUCAAUAUCAAGAGAAUUUCUAAAGUACAUCCAACAGUGAAUUGAUACUUAAAUGAAGUCGUCUAUCUUUUACAGAAAU